AUGAAAGGCAGCAAAGCUACUGUCGUCACACUUGCUGAGAAAUGCAAGAAUAUAAUUGCUUCCAAUUGGCAAGCUCAUCUUAAUACUGUCAAAGCUGAUGCCAAAGGAAGCAAGGAGGGCAUACACACUUCAAAAGUCAAGUACAUACUCAAGAGGGGGAAGCCAUAUCUCUGGGUUCCUGAAAAUGACAUGCACAAUGUUAACACAAUCAUUGAUGGGCGUGCUUCAUUAGCUGUUGCUAGUCCCUUUCCUGGGCCUGUGGCAAAAUUACUCAAAUUGAUGAAGAAGUUACCAGCAAGGAUUGCUCUAAGUGGGGAUGUAGUGCCUCUUAAGGAGGAAAAGGCACAUUUGGUUGCAGAAUGCCUUGAAGAAGUCAUGCUUUCUGAACGUAGGCAGAUUGAUGAGGCCUCCUAUACAGUGUCUGGUGUAUUAAGUUCUUCUAAUCUUAUUCGAAGGGAAAACUUUAAGGAGCUAUUGAAUGGUGGUGAAAAAUUCCAUAUUUAUAGAUUUAAUCUAAGUUCAUGCACGUUUCUUGAUGGCCAUGGACGCGCACUUGAAGUGGAUAUGGAAGCUAUGGAAGCAUCCAAAGCAGAUCCAUUAGCAUUUCUUUCUGCAAAGCUUAUUGAUGGCAUCAAUCAAAGUGAAUCAAGGCGUAGAGCUCUAGUACUUUUUUGUUUCAUACACAUGAAUGCAGAUGCAAGAGAAGCAUAUAUGCUCUCUGUUGAUCGCAAGGGAUUUGAUGUGCUGGCAAAAGUUCCUAGUCCACCAUCAAAGGAUGGCAUCAGUGGAUACCUAUGGAAAGAAUUCAGAUUCCCUUUCAAGGAAGAGGCACGUGAUGUUGAAACCUUUUGCCAUCAGCUUGUUAAAAUGGAAGAGGAGGCUGUCAGGAAGGUUUCUGGCUACAGCGGUUUAACAUGA